AUGUUGGGCGGAAAGAUAGGAGUGUGUGUGUCAAAGCCAGCUGCCGCAGCAGCAGCACGGGAGGAGGUAGUGGUGAAGAGACUAUCGCCACCGCCACAAUCACCGGCAGCAGCGGCAGCGGCAGCAGCAACAAAGGGACAUUCAGGGUUGUCGAGUUCGAAAUCGGGACAUUCAGGGUUAUUGACUUCGAAAUCGGGACAGUUAGUGAGUGAUUCGAAGAGGAUGAAGGGACUUUUCAAGUCAAAGCCGAGGACUCCGGUUGAUGUUGUUAGACAGACUCGCGAUCUUUUAAUAUAUGCUGAUCGGAGUUCCUCUUCUUUGUCUGAUUCAAAACGAGACGAGAAGAUGGCAGAGUUAGGUAAAAGUAUCAGGGAUUUAAAGUCAAUUCUUUAUGGCAAUAGUGAAUCUGAACCAGUCGCAGAAGCGUGUGCACAAUUGACUCAAGAGUUCUUUAGAGAGAAUACACUUCGCCUUUUGAUCAUUUGUCUUCCAAAAUUGAACUUAGAGGCCCGAAAAGAUGCCACUCAGGUUGUUGCAAAUCUACAAAGGCAACAAGUUAAUUCAAGGUUGAUCGCAUCAGACUACUUGGAGAAAAAUACAGAUCUUUUGGAUAUUUUGAUAGUAGGUUACGAAAACACAGAAAUGGCUUUGCACUAUGGUGUAAUGUUGAGAGAGUGCAUACGUCACCAGAGUGUUGCAAGAUAUGUCCUGGAAUCACCACACGUGAAGAAAUUCUUUGAUUAUAUACAACUUCCAAAUUUCGACAUUUCUGCAGAUGCCGCUGCAACUUUCAAGGAACUCUUGACAAGACAUAAAUCUACAGUAGCCGAAUUUCUUUCUAAGAACUAUGAUUGGUUUUUUGCUGAAUUUAAUUCAAAGCUGCUGGAAUCCACCAAUUAUAUUACAAGGCGUCAAGCUGUCAAGCUGUUGGGAGAUAUAUUAUUGGAUCGCUCCAAUGCAGUUGUGAUGACACGAUACGUGAGCUCAAGGGAUAACUUGAGGAUUCUUAUGAAUCUUCUCAGGGAAUCAAGUAAGACCAUCCAGACAGAAGCAUUUCAUGUUUUCAAGCUUUUUGCUGCAAACCAAAAUAAGCCUCCCGACAUCGUUAGUAUACUUAUUGCAAAUAAGAGCAAGCUUCUUCGUUUGUUUGCUGAUUUCAAGACAGACAAAGAGGAUGAACAAUUUGAGGCAGACAAAGCUCAAGUUGUGAAAGAAAUAGCUGCCCUUGAGCCUAGAGAGUAA